AUGGCUGCCACCCUGUGCGUGCUGGCGUGUGCCCCGCUUGUGCAGCUGCAGCCUGCCUACAAGGAAGAUUUUCCGAGAGCACGUCCACGCCUCGACGAGCCUCUGCUGCAGCGUGUGGACAUGAGGGAGCUGGUGUGCCUGGCGGCAGUGCUUGACGUGGCUGCGGAGCGGACCGAAAAGGUCAAGGGGGCCCACUUUACACAGCAGCAGCGCCUUGCACGCCUGGAGGUGCUGUGCCGCAUGCUGGCGCCGCAGCAGAAGCCGGCCGACACAUUGGCCGCUCUAGGUGUGUUCGACUUCUAUCCGUAUCUGGCGGCGCUCAUGUGCGGCCACCAAUGGGGCCCUGGGGUGCAGCAGGCAGGUGCAGCCUACCUUACAUAUGUGUCCCUGCUCAACCAGGUGGUGAUGAUGGGCACGCAGCUGUACAACGAUGCGUUGGUACCGCAGCACCACAAGUACGCUGCCCACCAGAUUGCACUGCUUUACCAAUCCCUUAACAUGCUGCAAGGAGAGACAAAGCCCAUUCGACGGCUGGUAGAGGCACGCUUUGAUGAGAUCAAGGGCAUCACGGAAGGAGGCCGCCCCACGCUGCCGCCGGACACCAGCAGCUGGCUGCAGCAGGUGACAUGGGUCUGCCGCGAGGAGGUGGCCGCCUGCCCUGCCUAUGCGCACAAGCGGCUGGCGCCACUCAUGCGACUGCUGAAAGCAGAAGCGAAGCAGCAGCACCAGCAGGGUUGCAAUGGCCAGCUACAGCAGCCGCACCAACAAAAGGCGCUGCCGGCGCUGCCACAGCAGCAGCAGCAGCAGCAGCAGCAGCAGCAGCAGCAGCAGCAGCAGCAGCGGGCAGGACAGCCGUCUCAAUGA